AUGCCUACUGGUCCAGAUACCACCCCAGUGACUGCUGAAAGCACUCGUGGACCUCCAGAAAAAUAUCCACAAACAGGGCCUGUCAGACAGACUAGCAGUGAUGGAAAAUGCAUCCUGCGAUCAAGUAAUACAGAUUGUGAUGCUAAAGCAAGCAGUCAAGGGGCUCCAUCAGCAAACUGAGACAAAUUACCUUUGCUUCGCCGCCAUCAAAGAUCUGAGGUGCAAAAACAAAGUCAAAAUUAGGGGCAUUACUGAGGACGUGUCGACCACUGAACACCCUCACUUCCUUAGGUGCCUACUAGUCGCGCUUUUUCCCCAAGACAGGGCAAAGUAGUGGGAAUCAUUGUAUUCUUCCAGAUGCCUAAGUCCCCUCAGGCAUCAGACAAUGUGCCUAAAGACUAUCCACCUCCAAAGUGAGAAAGAUAAGGCUGCAGUACCGAUGGCUGUCAGAGAGCACACGCAAUACCAGUUCAAGGACAUGUCACUUACUUUAUACUCUGACCUCUCAGAGAGCACCUUGGCUUGGCGAAGGUCGCUGCUGCCAUUCACAUGCCUUCUAAGAAAGAAGAACAUACCCUAGAGCUGGUGGCCGACUCGUGCACUAAUGGUGCUGCAGGGUGAAACAAAAUAUCUGGUUCACAAUCUUGCAGAAGCAGUUGGCCACACUGAACCUGACUCAGGACUCUCUAAGAACCAGCUGGUACUGGAACUGCAGCCCAAACGCCACACUGAUGGAACCCGGAGAACCUCUUUCAUACCACGACAGGCUGCAAUGGAUGGCUAUGCUGCUGCAUUACCUGAAGCAAUUAUGAUACUAUUGUGUUUACUUAGGGACAGGUUGCAUUCCUUCUAAAGGACAGAUAUCCAACUUUGUCCUCUAGGUAUUUUUGGAAUACAUUUGCCAUAAUGCCCUGCUAGGCUGUCAUAGGAAGACUGCAACAUUCUUUAAAUUUAUAUGGCUGUGUCAAUUGCAUCUGUAGUUAGCUCAAUUUUACUGUUAAUGUGUAAUUCUUUUUUCUACAGGUGUAAACUGGAUACUUACACAGCCCGAUGGACCUCCCUCAUCCAGUCAAAUUUCUUUUAGCUUCCCUAAGUUUGAAAACACAAAUGAACCUUUAAAGUCUUAUGCUGUGAUAGUAACAACUGGUGGCAAUGGUAACCUAAGUAUUUGUUUAUUUAUUUCUGUAUUCCCAUACGUGGGGUAGGCUACAUGUGGCACUCCAGAUGUUACUGACUAAAUCUCUCAUAUUGCUCUUACAGCCAUAAUGCUGGCAAAGCAUCAGGGGAGAUGUAGUCAUCAACAUCUGGAGUCCCGACAGUUGUCUAACCCUGACUUAUAUAAUUUUGAACAUAAUAGUCAAAGAUAUAUAUUGUUAAGUGAACCAUUACUGGAAAUAUUAACUUGAAUUCACUUACCCAAGUUUUUUAAAGAAUUACUCAUUUUCUGGGUUGUUUAAAAAUAUUUAUGUUUUAAAAAGUAGACAUUGGCAUACAUUUGUUUUAAGGCAUUCAUCCAAUAAAAUGCUCUAAAACAAAUGAAUCAAUUCUGAAAUUAGUUUCACUCAUACUUGGAUCCUGUGUAUGAGUUAAUGGGUUAUUUGGUAAAUUAAUUCAGAUAAGAACAAAAUUGAUUUCAGAAUCGAUUAUCUUGGCAAUUUUAAAGGGGACCUGUCAUGCCCCAAAUAUUUUAUGCUCAUUAGAUUGACCAUAUAUUGAGCAUAUGUUUUUUUCCCAGCCAUUAGCCUGUCAAAGGAGAGCAGAAAAGACCUCCAAGAGGAAGUUACUCUGCUCUCACCCAAAGCAACUACAAUGCAUGUGCUGUGGUUGCUAUGGAAACUCCCUAAUCGUCGCUUCUUGUGCUGGCUAGGGAGUAUUGGAAUGGAGUGACAUAACGUCACUCUGUUCUGACCCCAGCACACUGGCAAUAAAGCUAGCAUGCUGACAUCACUAAGGAGAUUUUCCCUGCUUGGGGAUACAUUCCAAGUAGGGCAAAUCAAAGCACAUGUAUUAAAAAGUUAAUUAAAGGGACACUAUAGCCACCUGAACAACUUAAUGAAGCAGUUUUGGUGUAUAGAACAUGCCCCUGCAGCCUCACUGCUCAAUCCUCUGCCAUUUAGGAGUUAAAUCCCUUUGUUUAUGAACCCUAGUCACACCUCCCUGCAUGUGACUUGCACAGCCUUCCAUAAACACUUCCUGUAAAGAGAGCCCUAUUUAGGCUUUCUUUAUUGCAAGUUCUGUUUAAUUAAGAUUUUCUUAUACCCUGCUAUGUUAAUAGCUUGCUAGACCCUGCAAGAGCCUCCUGUAUGUGAUUAAAGUUCAAUUUAGAGAUUCAGAUACAAUUAUUUAAGGUAAAUUGCAUCUGUUUGAAAGUGAAACCAGUUUUUUUUUUCAUGCAGGCUUUGUCAAUCAUAGCUGGGGGGGGGGGGAGUGUGUGUGGCUAGGGCUGCAUAAACAGAAACAAAGUGAUUUAACUCCUAAAUGACAGUGAAUUGAGCAGUGAAAUUGCAGGAGAAUGAUCUAUACCCUAAAACUGCUUCAUUUAGAUAAACUAAUUUAGGUGACUAUAGUGUUCCUUUAAUCUGUUCUCUUUAUAGAAUAUUGUUCGCAUAUGGUCAUAAUGCAAAACAGAAUAUUUUUUAGUUUUGUAUUAAAUUAUAUCAUUUGUUGCUUCAGACUGUAAAUGCAAAAGGUAUGUUUACAUAUAUUUAUGCAAUCAUGCAAUACUCUUGUCGCCUAUUAUAACAUAAUAUAUAUAUAUAUAUAUAUAUAAUUAUAACAUAGGUAAGAAGACACAUACCAAGUUUUAUAAAAACACGCACACACACAAAAAAAAAAUCGUAUGACAUCCCAGUUUACAAGUGUCAUUAUGUAUAUAUGUUUAUUUCCUAAUUUUUCUAAAGUCUAAAAUAUUUAUGAUCACAAGGAAUGGAUAAGUAAAAUAGUACUUUCCAUUCUUCUUGUCCCAAAUACAAUUUGUUGAUGCUGUUUUCCUCAUUUGUCAUCUGCUAGUGUUCAGUCUUGCAUUCUUGUAAUUCUGUUUUGGGACUGUCAGACAUAGUUUGUAAGCAAAAAUCUCCAUUUUUUUUUUUAACCUCUCACUGCUUAAAACUGUUUAUUUUUAUCUUGAGAAUCAAAGCAAAAGGAUUUCUUAUGAAUAAUUCUCUAAUUUCUCUGCUAAAUCUUUAGUUGCCGGCCAGGUUCCAAAUCGUGGCAUUCUGAACAAGACAUACGAUGAUUUCAAGAAUAAAAAAACUAAUACGUAUGUCACAAACAUCAAAGAAACAGCGAGCAGAACUUUGAGAUCUCUAACGGCAAAUUCUGUAACUGUUAUAAUCGGUGCUGGAGAUAAAAAAUAUGGCUAUUACAAUGGACCCCUGGAACCAUCUACAUCCUACUGGUAAUGAAAUUUGCCAAUGAUUUUAUUGAACAUUAUUUUUUAUUAUUAUAAAUUGUGAAAUGAAUUAAAGCUGGGGAUUUGGCACGUAAGUAAACAACAGGUGAGUAUUUGAAAUAUGGCUAAAUAGAAAAUAUACAGAAAAUGUAUUUACGUUGCAGAUAGGGGCUUCUUAAAGGGUUGGAUUCACUGAGCAAAUGAAAGAUUUGUUCAGUUUUUAGGAUAGCAAGUUAUCUAUUGACUUCAAUGGAGGAAUUGAUAUUCAGUAAACAGUGUCAGUGAAAAUAUAGGAAAAAAAACAUUAAAUAACUAGGCAGAAACACAACUUGUAGAUAUGGAGUCUAUAUCAAGAUAUAAUAACAAAAUAAGGAGUCUUAUUUUAUUUAUUUUUUGCUAUGAGCUUUAUAAAAUUUGCUAUGGGCUUUUAUUGACAGAAUUUCAAUACAGUAAAGCAAUUUUUUUAUACACAAUUGAUGUUUGCAUAAUGUACGUUUUUUUUUUUAUACUUUUCUAAUGUUUCAAAUAUUUUUUAGGAUUAGUGUUGCUGGAUUCACAGCCAUUGAGUUUGAUAAUGCCACAGGAACCAUUCUGGAGGAUCGCUCUGUAGCAAUUUUUUAUCCUUUCUCAAACGAGAUUAAAACAUCUGACAAUUCAUCUCAGAACUCAUCUCAAUUAUCAGGUAUAUCAAUUUGAUUGCACUGUGUGAAACUAAAGAAAUAGCUUUAUAGUGAAUGAAGAAAUUAAGUAAAUAAUGUAUUAAGGAUCAAUCAUGCUUAUUAUAUGGAUAUAUGUAAUAUCUUUAAGACUUACACUCAUAAUUAAAUAUUAUUUUUUAUAAGGGUUUGCCCAUGCUAUACAAUCUCAGUCAAUGCACUCUGAUUGGUUGGCUUGUAAGUCAGCCAAUCAGAGCAUAAAUAACUAAAUCUUAAUAAAGGUGGUGUGAGGUGUGAUAGAAGCGUUUAAAAAUAACAUAUAAAGUCUACAGCAGCUCAAAAACACUUGUGCAGAAAAACCUUUCUUUCUUUAGCAAACAACAAGUAAUCUAAAAUAUAUAUUACAAGUGAAACUUUAUAAAAAAUAGUGGAGUGCUAUAUUAAAAAUGGCUACUUUACCCCUUAUAAAAUGCAGAUAAUUUCAGUACAAUACCAUAUGAAAAAGAAAAGAAAGAGAAUAUAUAGUGCAGAUGGUAGAGAUAAGGCUGUAGAUUCACUCACAUGGGUUAAAGCCCAUAUGAUCAUAUGAUCCACUUUUUGCACAAAUGUGCUCUUUAAGGCAGCACCACACCUUGCUUGAAGGACAUUUUAACAAAUUAUUUAAAAACCUUGAAGUUUUUUUGCUGAUUUGAAUAUUACACCAAUAUGCAAAGAAUAUUAUGUCUGCAUGCUAUCAUACGAUGCUUUUCAUUUUAGGUGCCAUAGCUGGAGCCGUGGUCGGAAGUAUCCUGGGAUGUGCAGUAUUGGGUGCAGCAGGAUUCUUCCUCUGGAAAAAAAGGUCCUAAGGCAUAAGUAUAUUGUUUUACUGUGUAGGAGGGGCUGGGUAUGUCUAAAACAUUUUUUGCAUUUCGUCUGGUUUCAAGUUUGAAUUAUUUUGACCUAAUAUCAUUUUGAGUAUUUAUUUUAUGUAUUGUUCUCUUUACAGACGCAAUUCAGACAGCACGUCUAAAUCAUCAAAAAGGUACGUUUUUUCUCAUGAUACGGAAAUGUUGAACAUUAAAUAUGGCUCCUUGCAUAUUAAUAUUAUACAAGCUACCAAUUUUAACAAUCUGCAUAAAAACACCUAUAUUAAGAUAUAAAAGGGGAAUUCUUUCGUUGUUACAUAAUUGUAAACUGUUGAGAAUUCCUGUCGGCGAAGCUGCAAAUUCCUAGGAACACCAUAGCGUUGAGAAUAAAAAUGUGUAUUUGUUACACUAUAGUUCACUGGUGGCCAUUUAGGUGACACCCAUCUGCAGGGCAAAAAAAAAAUUUAGUUUUGCUUACCUUUUCUUCAUUGAGAUUGCCAGUCUUCGUGGCUGGCCCUCCUCAUUGGCUGAGAUCAUCGAGGAGUAUUUUUUUUUUUUUUAGUAUACAACAUAUGAAUACUGAUACUUAACACUUCUAUUGGUUAAUCAAUUAAAUAGGGAAAAAGGCAAUGAAACCUUUACAAUUCAACAAAGAAGAAACCUAUCUACAGAGUUUAAUGUAAGUAUUUUAACCUCUUUAUUGAUUAAUGUUCGUUGAUUAAAAAAAAAUACAGUUAAGUUGCUAAUUUAUUUGAAAUGACACACAAGUAGGAAAACCACAAUUAUUGGCAAUAAAUGAACAAGCACAUUCCUUGUAGGUAACUGUAAAAACCUUCCAAAACCAAAGUCAAAAUUUAAAGGAGAAUGUAUGUUUGCCUGAUAUGGCCUUUUUAAAAAAUAUUUUUGGACAAGCUUUUCAAAUGAUCGGAAUCUGAAAAAAAAAACAACCUUUAAAGUGACUUAUCUACAGAAGUCGCCUUUAAAGCUUUUGUGAAUUUUUGUAGAUAAAUCACUUGAAAAGUAUUUCUAACAGAUUGUGAUCAUUUAAAAAACUGACCCAGAAGAAUUAAAUCGAGACCCAUGUUCUCAGACCCCUCCAUCCCUCUCUGUGGUUCUUAUUGAAUGCAGCACAGACUUGACCUGAUGGAGUUAUUUAUUGGAAUCUAAAAAUGCUCUAAAAUGGGCAUAAUUCAUCCAGGGUUAAGAUUUUUUUUUCCCAUUUCAUAAUCUCUCCCAUUAGGCAAGUAAGUUAUCAAUUUUCAGGAGUUUACUGUUUAGUAAGUAAACUCCUAAGUCUCCACUUGACUAAUGCUUUAAAGGCUUAAUAAUGGCUUAGUACAUUCUAAAGGUCAAACUCUUUACUGUAUGAAGGAAAAUGUAUUAUUAUUAUUAUUUAUAAAGUGCAAACAAAUUUUGCAGUCCCGUAUAAUGGGUGGACUAACAGACACAUACUGUAACCAGACGAAUUGGACACAUGGAGGAUUGAGGGCCCAGACAAGUUGGAACAGAAGGAUUGAGGGCCCUGCUCAAUGAGCUUACAUGCUAGAGGGAGUGGGGUAUAGUGACACAAAAGGUAAGGGUAUGGUAGAAAAGUAGGUUGCUAGAACAGUAUUCACUGAGGGCUUAGUGUUUUGUUUUGAUGACAAAUGCAGGAAAGGAAUCAGGGUGCGGGAAGGAAAAGCUGCUUAAUUACUAUUUUUUCCUGAAGAAGUAAGCUUUCAAAGAUGUUUUGAAGGUUGCACAUAGGUCUUCGUCUGAGUGUAGGGGCCUAGUUAAUCCUUUAUUUAAAACAAUGUUGAUAUCUGGUAAUAUUCAAAUAUUUAAUACAGUAAUUUCAAUGCAGUUAAAUGAUAAGAUAAUGUGACUUUUGUAUUUAGAAACUUAAGUCAGUUGGAAUGGAGGUCAGCGCUAUACCAUGUGAGUAUAUAAUUACUGCUUUCUAUGACAACUAUACCUCUCGGGUACAUCUGUCUAUCUGCUCUAUCUGUCUGUCUUGUUACAUAGUUACAUAGUUACAUAGCUGAAAAGAGACUUGCGUCCAUCAAGUUCAGCCUUCCUCAGAAAUGUUGUUGCUGUUGAUCCAAAAGAAGGCAAAAAACCUGGUCUGAAGCACUUCCAAUUUUGCCACAAACUAGGAAAAAAUUCCUUCUUGACCCCAAAAUAGCAGUCAGAUGUCUCCUUGGAUCAAUCAGCUAUUACCCCACUAAUUAGAAAUUAUAUCCCUGUAUGUUAUGUUUUUGUAAGUAUUUAUCCAAUUUCAGUUUAAACAUCUGUAUGGACUCUGACAAAACCACCUCUUCAGGCAGAGAAUUCCAUAUCCUUAUUGUUCUUACUGUAAAAAACCUUUUCUUUGCCUUAGAUGAAAUCUCCUUUCUUCCAGCCUAAAUGUGUGACCUUGUGUCCUAUGUAUAACCCUGUUUAUGAAUAGAUUUCCAGAUAAAGGUUUGUACUGGCCCCGAAUAUAUUUGUAUAAAGUUAUCAUAUCCCCUCUCAGGCGCCGUUUUUCCAAACGAAACAGAUUUAAUUUUUGUAACCUUUCUUCAUAACUAAAAUGCUCCAUUCCUUUUAUCAAUUUUGUAGCUCGUCUCUGGACCCUCUCCAGUGCCAUGAUAUCCUUCUUUAGAACAGGCGCCCAAAAUUGCACAGCAUAUUCAAGGUGUGGUCUUACCAGCGAUUUAUAAAGAGGCAAAAUUAUAUUUUCAUCCCGAGAAUUUAUGCCCCUAUUUAUACAUGACAAAAUCUUACUGGCCUUAGCAACUGCAGAUUGACAUUGCAUAUUGCUGCCUAAUUUGUUGUCUAUAACAAUUCCCAAAUCCUUCUCGUGUGUGGUUAUCCCUAAUUCACUACCAUUUAGUGUGUAAGUUGCUUGUGCAUUCUUAACCCCGAAGUGCAUAACUUUGCAUUUCUCUAUGUUAAAUUUCAUCUGCCAUUUUAGUGCCCAGUCCCCCAAUCUAUCCAAAUCUCUCUGCAACAAAGCAAUAUCCUGCUCACAUUUUAUUACUUUACAAAGUUUUGUGUCAUCUGCAAACACUGAUACAUGGCUUUCAAUGCCUAUUUCAAGAUCAUUUAUAAAUAUGUUAAAUAGAAGUGGUCCCAAAACAGAACCCUGAGGGACACCACUUACCACUUUUGUCCAGCCUGAAAAUUUACCAUUAAUUACAACUCGUUGUACUCUGUCCUUAAGCCAAUGUUCUACCCAAGAACAGGAAUAUUCAUCUAGACCAAUUUCUUUUAGUUUGAAGACUAACCUAUUGUGAGGAACCGUAUCAAAUGCCUUGGCAAAGUCCAAGUAGAUCACAUCCACUGCAACACCCUGAUCUAUACUUCUACUUACUUCUUCGUAGAAUGCAAUUAGGUUAGUUUGACAUGACCUAUGUUUCAUAAAACCAUGCUGAUUAUUGCUAAUAACAAAGUUCUUCCCAAUGAAUUCCUGAAUAUUAUCCCUUAAUAGCCCUUCAAAUAUUUUCCCAGUUACAGAAGUUAAGCUCACAGGUCUAUAAUUUCCAGGCAAGGAUUUUGAACCCUUUUUAAAUAUAGGAACAACAUCUGCCUUCCUCCAAUCCUCCGGUACAACACCUGAAACAAAAGAAUCUUGAAAAAUUAAAUACAGAGGUUCACUUAUUUCCCCACUUAGCUCCUUAAGUACUCGUGGGUGAAUACAGUCAGGCCCCGGAGCUUUAUUUACAUUAAUUUUCUUUAAUAGCUGUAGCACCUUGUCUCGAGUUAUCCAGUCACAAGUUAUUUGCAAGUUUUUUGCAGCAAACAUUUGCAUAUCUCUUGCCAUAGGAUCCUCAUUAAUAUAUACUGAAUGAAAAAUAGUUAUUUAGAAUUUCUGCUUUUUCCUGGUCUUCAUUAGCUAAUAAACCCAACUCUGUUUCAAGUGUACCUACACUUUCAUUUUUUGUUUUUUUAGAAUUGAUGUACUUGAAAAAAAUUUUGGGGUUGGUUUUGCAUUCUUUAGCUAUCAAUUUCUCAUUUUCUAGUUUAGCCACUUUAAUUGCCUUUUUGCAAGUGUUAUUGGCUUCCUUAUAUCUUAAAUAGGAUGCCUUUGAUUUGUCUGAUUUAAAUGCUUUAAAUGCCCUUUUCUUAUUUUUAAUCUCUUGUUUUACUUCUCUACUAAGCCACAUUGGUUUUAAUUUGUUUCUUUUAUAUUUAUUACCCAAUGGUACAUACUGAGAAAUGUACCUUUCUAAUAUAUGUUUGAAUAGUUUCCAUUUAUCCUCAGUGUUUUUAUCACUAAGGAGUUUAUGCCAGUCGAUAUGUUGUAGAGCUGCCCUAAUCUUAUUGAAAUUGGCUUUUUUAAAAUUAUAUGUUUUAGUAUACCCCACCUGCUUUUGCUUUUUUGAGUUUAUUUCAAAAUUUACCAUAUUGUGAUCACUAUUUCCCAAAUGCUCCCUACUUGAAUGUUGGUUAAAAGAUCAACAUUGUUUGUUAUGACAAGAUCCAGACAAGCAUCCUGUCUAGUUGGUGCUUGUACCAGUUGUGACAUAAAGGUGUCAUUUAACACAUUCAAAAACCUGAUUCCCCUUGCUGAAGUACUAGUCCCUCUUUCCCAAUUUAUGUCUGGAUAAUUAAAAUCUCCAAUAAUUAACGUGUUACCUCGAUUUGCAGUUUUCUCAAUUUGCUCUUACAGCUGUUCUUCCUCAUUAAUAUUUACAUUAGGUGGUUUAUAACAUAUCCCAACCAAUAAUUGAUUUCCCUUUGUUUUCCCCAAGCAGAUAUCUACCCAUAAAGCCUCCACCUUUUCCUCGUCACACUCCACAUGCCUAAGAUUUGACUUUAACUAACGGUUGACAUAUAAACAUACCCCACCACCCUUCUUGUUUUUCCUAUCCUUCCUAAAUAACGUAUACCCAUUUAAAUUAACUGCCCAGUCAUGUGUCUCAUCCCACCAUGUUUCUGUUAUGCCUAUUAUAUCAUAUUGUUUAGUGUAUGCUAUUGCCUCUAGUUCCCCAUUUUGUUAUAUAGGCUCCUUGCAUUAGUAAGCAUACAUUUAAUAUUAUCAUGAGUCUUUUGUACUUUUUGUGAAUUAUCAAUAUUACAUACCUCCUCUGUUCUGAGUUUUCCCCUCCCCCCAUCUCCACCCCCUUUGUUCUGAGCUAAAGCCCAUCUCUUUUCCAUCAUAUCUCCAUUUUCUAGAUUGCUUUGACCCUCCCCCCCUACCACUAGUUUAAAAUCUCGUCCAACCUUCUAGCCAUCCUAUCCCCCAGCACAGCAGACCCUCUUCCGUUUAGGUGCAAUCCAUCAUGACUAUACAGGUUGUACCCAAGUGCAAAAUCGUCCCAGUGCUCUAAAAACCCAAAACCCUAUUUCCUGCACCAAGACUUUAGCCACGCAUUGACCUCUCUAAUCUCCCGCUGCCUUUCUGCUGUAGCGCGCGGCACAGGUAAUAUUUCUGAAAAAAUUACCUUGGAGGUCCUUUUCUUAAGCUUACUUCCUAGUUCCCUGAACUCAUUCUUUAGGACCUUCCAUUUUCCUCUGACUUUGUCAUUGGUACCAAUAUGGACCAUGACAGCUGGGUCAUCUCCAGCCCCUCCCAAUAAUCCCUCCACUCUGUCGGCAACAUGCCGGACCCGAGCACCCGGGAGACAGCAAACUGUCCGGUUGAGUCGAUCAGAGUGGCAGAUUACCCUAUCUACUCUCUUAAUAAUAGAGUCCCCUACCACCACAACCUGUCUAGCCUUCCUUACCCUCUCAACCCCACCCGUACUAGAGGGGCUGUUUCCACGGCUGUUAGCAGGAACAGCUUCCUGCAGUACAGCUACUCCUGAGCUGAUGCUCCCAACAUCUUCACUCAAACGGGCAAAUCUGUUAGGCUGCAUGAGAUCAGGACUAGCUAAACCUUUUCUCUUCCCUCCCCCCCUGCUUCCUCUCCCCACUGUCACCCAGCUACGUGCCUGUUCCCCAUCUGUCUUAUCUCCUCCCUCUCCACUACCUGUCCCCACUAAACUCUGCUCAGUGAGCAGCAGACUCCUCUCAAGAUUGUCAAUCUCCCUCAGUGUUACAAUUUGCCUCUCCAGAUCUCUAAUCUGAGCUUCCAGAAAUGCCACUCGCUCACACCCACCACAGAGGUAUGGACCCUGGACAGAAUCAUCCAGGCAUGCAUACAUGCGGCAUGAUGUGCACGGAGUUAAAUUUGCAAUCUUGCUAGCACUCAUCCCCAGUAACAAAAAACACAAGUGAGAAAAAAAAAAAAAAAAAUGUUAACCCUCUUGGUUUAAACUCCCUUGUAGUUUCAACUCCUGUUGUUUUAACUCCUACUUAAAAGAGACUACUUUAAAUAGCCUACUUUCAAGCAAACUCCAGUGUCUUUAUAUCUUAUUUUACCAAUUUUGCCUAUUUUUUUUUGUCUCAUAUAUAAUUCCACUUUCACAACAUGAGCAAUACCAUAUCUUCUUUCAGAAUAAAAGCAGAUUAAUUUUUAUUUCCUCUGCUUUGAAAUACUAAUCAACAUCUUGUUUUCUACAGAUGAAAAUGCAGCAGCUCGUGCAAACCUGCCAUUGCCAUCUCUGCAUGUUUAUGUCGGUGACUAUAAUAUUUCAUAA